CCAGUGAACCAACCACUGUCCUCUGUACUAGUCUCUGUACAUGAAGGAAAAGCGAUAAAUCAAGAUUCUUUUUUCUUUUUCUUUAAAAGUUUUUGAGGCUCUGUUGAUGAAUCUGGAGAAGAAGUAGGGUUUUGUUGUUCGUUCGAACUUGAUCUUCUCAUUUCAUUAUUUUGUAAUUGUAAUCUCUCGUCCAUCUCUUUUGAUACUUUUGUUUAGCUCUGUGAAUUCGUAAAUGUCGGGGAGAUCAGUAGUAGGGUUUAGUUUAGGGUUUCUGGUAUUGUUGUUUUGGUAUUCUCUUAUAUACCCGGCAACGGCAAGGUUCGUUGUGGAGAAGAAUAGCUUAACUGUGACAUCUUCGGGUAGUAUUAAAGGUACUUAUGAUAGCGCCAUUGGAAACUUUGGAAUACCUCAAUAUGGGGGGAGCAUGGCUGGAAUGGUUGUGUAUACGAAGCAGAACGUGAAGGGUUGCAAGGAUUUCAGCGACUCGGGAAUAUCUUUCAAGUCAAAACCUGGAGCUCUCCCAACAUUUCUCUUGGUCGAUCGAGGAGAUUGCUUUUUUGCUUUAAAGGUUUGGAAUGCCCAGAAAGCUGGGGCUUCUGCAGUGCUUGUAGCAGAUGACAUUGAGGAACCGCUAAUAACAAUGGACUCACCCCAAGAGGAUAGUGCAUCUGCAAAAUAUAUUGAGAACAUUACAAUUCCAUCUGCACUUAUUGAGAAAGACUUCGGUGAAAAGUUGAAGAAGGCAGCCAGUGCUGGGGAAAUUGUCAAUGUGAACCUCGAUUGGAGAGAAGCUGUUCCACAUCCUGAUGACCGUGUGGAAUAUGAGUUGUGGACCAAUAGCAAUGAUGAAUGUGGGACCAAAUGUGAUAUGUUGAUGGAGUUUGUUAAGGAUUUCAAGGGUCCGGCUCAGAUUCUUGAAAAAGGUGGUUAUACUCAGUUUGCACCCCAUUAUAUAACCUGGUACUGUCCUCAGGCAUUCACAGUCAGCAGACAGUGCAAAUCCCAGUGCAUAAAUCAUGGCAGAUAUUGUGCACCUGACCCUGAACAGGAUUUCAGUCGUGGUUAUGAAGGGAAAGAUGUUGUUAUUGAAAAUCUGAGACAAUUAUGUGUUUAUAAGGUGGCAAAUGAAAGCAAAAAGCCCUGGGUCUGGUGGGAUUAUGUAACUGAUUUUCAAAUAAGAUGUCCCAUGAAGGAGAAAAAAUACAACAAGGAAUGUGCUGAUGUUGUCAUCAAAUCUCUAGGUCUUGAUAGUAAAAAGAUUGAGAAGUGUAUGGGAGACCCGAAUGCAGACUCUAAAAAUCCUGUUUUGGAAGAAGAGCAGGAAUCCCAAGUUGGGAAAGGAUCUAGAGGCGACGUAACCAUAUUGCCUACCCUUGUUGUUAACAAUCGACAGUAUCGAGGAAAGUUAGAGAAAGGUGCUGUUUUGAAGGCUAUAUGUUCUGGUUUUGAGGAAACUACUGAACCAGCUGUGUGUUUGAGUAGUGAUAUAGAAACAAAUGAGUGUUUAGAUAAUAAUGGUGGUUGCUGGCAAGACAAAGCGCUGAAUGCCACCGCCUGCAAGGAUACAUUCCGAGGAAGAGUAUGCGAGUGUCCCUUGGUUGAUGGUGUUCAGUUUAAGGGAGAUGGUUACAAUACUUGUAAAGCGAGUGGACCUGGACGGUGCAAAAUAAGUAACGGGGGUUGUUGGCAGGAAACUCGAGAUGGACACACAUUCUCUGCUUGUGUGGAUACCGAGGGCAGUAAAUGCCAGUGUCCUCCUGGAUUUACAGGAGAUGGUGUCAAAAGCUGUGAAGAUAUCGACGAGUGCAAAGAGAAAAAGGCUUGCCAAUGCCCUGAAUGCAGCUGUAAGGAUACCUGGGGUAGCUAUGAGUGCACUUGUAGUGGGGACCUCUUGUACAUCAGGGAUCAGGACACUUGCAUAAGUAAGCGGGCAACUGAAACAAAAAGUGCAUGGGCUGCUUUUUGGGCCAUUUUUAUAGGCCUGGCAAUUGCUGUUGCUGGGGCUUAUGUUGUUUACAAAUAUAGAUUGAGAUCGUACAUGGAUUCAGAGAUCAGAGCCAUAAUGGCACAGUACAUGCCACUGGACAGCCAAACAGAAGUCCCAAAUCAUGUCAGUGAGGAUCGUGCCUGAAGAAAGUGAUCCUUGCUGUCCAACUUCCAUGUAUCCCCCAACCAGUAUAGUGCCACAGCUCACUUACUCUCCAUAUUAGAAGUACCUCCUGAGGGUGGUCUUCCAAAAUUUUGUAAAUUUAUGGUUGACCAAUAAGAGGGUUGAGCAAAAGAGUUUGGCUUGAGGUGCAAGAUGACAUCAAAAAUCAUAUUGGGGUGGAUUGAUGGACAGAUUCAGAGAUGGGUUGUAUUUCUAGGAAUCAUCAAUCCUAUUUAUGACAGAUUAUGGAUGUUAUCCAAUCCUAAGAGCAAUUUUAUGUAAUUCAUGUAUGGCUCCAAUAGGGCUGUAGAUGUCUAUUUUUCUCACCAUUGUCCAAACCAGUGUAUUUCCAGUAUUUGUAAUUGGUUAUAUUCAUAGUGUUUGGGACUUGUUUGUAAAACCGAACUCAAAAAGUUUGCUUAUACAGUUUGAAGAGGUGGGCUUUGCUUGUUGCA